AUGUGUUGGCCUGAUUUCCGGUUCUACUGUUGCCACGGUCGGUCUCCCACUGGCAGGAAGAAGUGCGACGGGGCGGACCUUCUGUCGAUCGCGAACGCGUUUGACAAUCACUACGUGUACAAGCACAUCGCCGUGGACUCGCCGGACCAGACCAACCUGCCGAGCAGCAUCGAUGUUGUCGCGGAGCUUCGGAAAAUCGUUGCGAACGGCGAGAAGGGGAAGUACGCGCGGCUGGUGGACGCGCACAUGGCGGCGUACACAGCGACCCUGGCGCUGAAUGACGGCCACAGCAUGUUUUUGCCGCGUUGCUUCGUUGGAUCUUACAACCUGCCGUUGCCGCUCGUGGCUGUCGUCGAAAACGGGCAGCAGGUCAUUCGCGUUGCGCCACGCCGAUAUGUCACUCCUAAGGGUAUGCGACAUGUUGCAAAGGCUCUGCACAAUUUUGACUUUGACCUUUACGAGGGCCGACAGGUGGUGGGUAUUAACGGGGAGAAGGCGGAAGGUUUCAUCCUGAAUUGGGCCGACAAGAAUGUGGGCUCCUUUCGCAAUCGCGCCGCGCGAUUCACGAAAUCCUUUGCGAGGAAUGAGGCGGAGGGGACUCUGAAAGGGACGAGCAUCGUCCAGCUUAACCUCCGUGCUGCACUCUCUGCACCUCCCAGGGAUAAAUCGUCAACGGAGGACGUACAGGUGCCAUGGAUCGGGACAGCUAAGCUUGCUGCCUUUGCGAAUGCCACGGGGUUCUGGGCGAGUUCCUGUGCCGUACCGAAGCCAUCAGCUGCUGCCACUGGCGGCACCAGCGCGCAGGCAAGCAUGCUCGCUGGAGAUGGCAGCGCGCAUGCAGACAUUCCGAUGAUGGACAGGUUUCUCAAACGCCACCCUGAUCCAGUCUACUACGGCGAUACCAGCGAUGGCAGCGACGACCUGAAUGUCGAGAUUGCGUCGCUUUCUGCUGUGGCAGACGGCUCUUCUGGUGCAGUAGCGGGGCUGACUGUAUACCUGGUGGGAGGCAGCACGGCAGUGGUCUGGAUUCACCAGUUCCUUCCCAGCGAUGCGGUGUCAAAGGCGCUGGCGGAGAAGAAGGUCAACGCGGAGAAGUACAUGGUGCAGGAGGUCACCAAGGCUCUCCAAACCGCUGCAGCGUUAGUACUACCCUCCUGCCUGCCCCCCAUUCUUCUACUCUAUUACACCUCUCCCGCCCCCCUUCCUUCAACUACCCCAAGGCUCCACUUAGAAGGUCGAUGUGGGGAAGUGCAUGGUGCAGGAGGUGAUGGUGGGGAAGUGCAUGGUGCAGGAGGUGAUGGUGGGGAAGUUGCAGUAUCCAACGCCUCGCAGAUCAUCAUAGACGUGCGGGGCAACGGUGGCGGCUACACCACAGCAGCAUACACAGCCAUCCGCCUCCUCAUGGGGGCAGCAAAGGUCCCCGACUCCGAGUUUACCCUCCCCUUGGAUUUCGUCAUCGGCAACCAGUACACUGAGAAUGCCAUCAGCCUGCUUUCCAUCGACCCGGCAACGCAAUACUGCAUAGGAGUGUACGCCGACCUCAAUGGGACCGACCUCUCAAGCGCGCUUCACUUCGCUCCUAUCCGCGAGCUCCGCUUCACAGAGGCCGGCCGUGCGGGGAACUACUCGGCGCUGUUGAAGCAAAACAAGAAGUUUACCGGGAAGGAGCAGCAGCCGGUGUUUGGCGACCGCCCCUUCCUGGUCCUGUCGGACGGAAACUGCUUCUCCUCCUGCGGCAUCCUCACGCACGUGCUGGGGAAACGCCACAAAGUACCCAUGGUAACCGUGGGUGGUUUGCCCAAUCAGCCCCCUGAUGUGGGCUCCUCAUGUAUUGGGUUUACCGAACAUAGCAUCUAUUCGAUGGCACCAGGCCUCACCAACCUCGCUGCCCUAAUGCCACAGAACGCGUCGCUGCCUCUCAAGGUGAAAGGGGCAGUUGGCAUGGCGUUUACCAACGGGUAUGUGGAUUCGGAGAUUCCGUGCGAGUUUGAGUUUCUGCCCAGCCAGCAUCACAUCAACUACACCGUUGACCUCAUUGACAAGCCCUGGGCCUUGUGGACUGAGGUGGCCAAGCUCUUUGCCUCCGCUGCAGCCUAG